GCGGAUUUUUGUAAUUAGAGCACUCUGCAAAGCUUGCAGACAUUCUAACAGCUCGAUCAUCGUUGCAGACGAAUAACUAUCGUAUGGUGAAAUUAAAUUUUUUGAUCAGGAAGAAUUUUCCGCCAGAGACACAGAUAAAGUCGCGAUGAAACCUUGCAGAGAGCACUGCAUUGGCCACUAAUCUCGGGGCUUUGGGCGAGUGUGUGAAAGAGGCACGAUGCGAGCGAGACGGCGAGAGAAUCGCAUUUUUAUCGCUUACGCACACAAAUCAUAUAGAAUACAGGGGGCUUUUCCUCCUACAGACUUUAGACGGCCGGGUAGUACAAUAUCGACUACCGACUAUGAAGCAUCAUCGCGAAUCGUGCAGUGAAAAUACAUAUAAAUAUAUCAUCGAACGAAGUGAUCAGAUCGACUUUUUUGGCACACCGACUCAGAGGCGAAAAUAAAAGAAGCUAAGAACUUAAGUCGUCGCCGUCGGAAAAGAGAGGAGUGAAAAGUGCGCGCGCGCGCGCAAGUGUUGAGAUUUUACCCCAAAAGAGGCCCAUUGCCGUGUAUGCUCGAAUCUUUGAACCGCACAGCGGAUUUUCAUCUCAAACUGUGAAAACAUAGUCAAGUGCGUGUCAACUUGAAUAUUGGGAAUUUGCGACUGCGGACGAGAAUAGUUUUGUGGAAAAUCCAUCAGCGCGCGACAGACGAGAUCUUACUUGACCAUAAAAAAGCCAUCUUCUGCAGUCUCGGGUGUCUUGAGUGCCAAGCGAGAGCCCCUUUCCACCUUCCCGUUGAUGAUUCUUCCGACAGACACCUACCCAGUGCCUGAGCAAAUAGAUUUUCCUUCCUCGCCUCACCCACAUGGGAAUUCUCAUGAUUUGACUCAUCCUCAGACACGGUGAAGAGCCUCGUGUGCCAAGUCGUCGAAGCAACAUAGUGUGAAAUGAAGUGUCCUAUACGCCGGCACAGAUUACACUUCCUGUAUUGCGAAAACGGCCGACCGGAAGAGACAGUGAGUGAGCGGUGUAGAGUGCGUGUGGUGAACUAGACUCGCGAGAACCAAGAGGACAGUGCGAUAGAUUUGCCUUUAGACUUAACAAUGAAAAGCCGAGGAAACUCAGCACAGCGGCGACAAUUCACGUGCUACCAGUGCUCCAGGGGUGCCCCAUAGGCUCCGAGCGGCCCCACCGUCGCGGCGACUUGGGACGCCAUGAAUGUGCGCGUCCUGCGCAAAUGGUGUCUCAUGCGAACUCUAAUGUACCUGUGGAUCGUGGCCUGCACACUGCUAAUGGUUGUCUGGUGUGAGGGCGCUUCCGCCAUGCACCUCGUGACUCCCACCAGGAAUUCCACGCCCUCGUUGGCGCCCCUAGUCAGAGACGCCGAUCUCCACCAGCCGCUGCUGAAGCGCCUGAUCUCUUCGCGGCUGAAAGUGAGCGCGCCGGCGGACCUCCAGUCAGAAGCCAGUUACCUCAGGAAUCGGCGCGAGUCGCGUCUGCGGUCGGGACGCCGCCAGCGGCGUUACUGCUCGGCGCGCGAUCCCACGGCGCUCGCCUUCGAGGCACCCACAGUAUUUGAGGGCAAGGUGCGCUCCAUGAGCUCCGACCGGCGCGCCAACUUCUCCGCCACGUUCGAGGUGAAGGAGAUCCACAAGAAUCAGUCCACGUUCAAGCUGCCGCCGCUCGUGCGGCUGCAGUUCUCCUUCGGGAAUACCAGUGAGUGUGACAUCUACCGUGAGAAGUUCCGACCGCGCGGCAACGUGCGCGACGAGCUGGAACAGGGGAAGGUGUACUUUCUGUUCGUGAAGCAAGUGGCCCUGGGCAACUUCACCAUCAUCGGGCAGCCCAUCAAGAAGACCAAGAAGACACUCAGCGAGGUCAAAACUGGAGCUAGCGAAAAAUAUGGACAGCGCGCCUCCAUUGAAUUCCUUACGGAAAACCUUCCAGUGCGGGUGGGCAAGAAAAUCCGCCUGGUGUGCCGAGUGAAAGGUCAACCGCCACCGAAGAUCACAUGGUUCAAAGAUGGCAGAUCCAUUAAGAGAGAUCGCAACAGAUACACUUUUUCUCACCUCAAGAGAAGAUCGAUCUUGACCAUUGAGUCAGCAAAAAAGCACGAUGCGGGACAGUAUGAAUGUCGAGCUAGGAACAAAUUGGGGAAGCAACCUGUCACGCGAUCAAUGUUCAUGAGAUUUGACGACCAGCUAGAUCAAAGUGAGACACUUCCUCCCUGUUGGCUCGAGAUUGUGCCGCUAAAGAACGCCUUGUCUCUCAUUUCAGCUCACGAAAAUUGUCCACUGAAUGGCAAUGGGUAUUGCUUAAACGGAGGCACCUGUAGGUAUUUUCCAGAUGUGAAGGAGCCAGCAUGUUUUUGUCCUGAUGGCUUCAUGGGGAACCGCUGUGAGACUAAGAGCCCAACAAAUUCCCAUCCGAGUCAGGAUCACCGGUUCACAUUUCUCAUGGGACCUGCACCACCCAGCACCGUCUUCGACGACGACGAGGAAGACUUUUUCUGAACCUCGCAAGUCCCUUCUCAAGACAUUCUCGCACAAAUGGCGCUCCUUUCCGCUUGAAUUGCACGAUGGCGGACAGUUUAAAAACAGUCACUGAGUGUGGAUUAGAGCGCCUGUUUCACUUAGAAUCUAAAAACCAGAAUAGAACUGCCUGAGAAACUUCUUCUCUUCCCCCUUUUCACGCACAAAAAUAGUUGGUAAUAAUUGUAGGUGUGUAAAACUGUUGACAAUAGUGAGAAGCUUGUAAGAUUUAAUUAGUUGAAGCCAACGUAGGAUUUCAUGCAAUGCCAAAGAUGUAAAUAUAAAUAAGAUAUGAAAAGUAUGUUAAAUCUGUGUUUAGUGCUUUCUGAGAGCAUCUCAACAUCACACAGUAUCUAGCAGCUGCUUCUCUGCAAAUUCAUUAUGAGUUGUAUGGGACGAUUAUAUAAAUAUCUUGUUAACUUUUAUAUAAGUAACAAAUAAAAUGAAAUAUUUCAUGGAUGAAGAUCAAUAAAAAUGCUUGACA